AUGCUCAACUUUGUCGGCUCCUCGCUGUUCCAGCCCUCGAAGCGGGCGCAGCUGCUCGAGGCCGCCAAGGCCAAGGUGGCCAAGCUCGAGUCCCUCGACGCCCUCUUCACCCACCACGUCAACCCCACCACUGCCGAGGCCGAGGCCGCCCUCGCCGACGCUGCAUCGACCCAGAGGAAGGUGCUCGACACGCUCCUCACCUACGGCGACGACUUUGACCUGCCCGAGACCCGUCAGCGCGUCCAGCAGGCGCUCCAGGGCGGCGGAAGCGCCGGCGCAUCGGGCGACGCCACCGUCCUGUUUGUGCUGCCUCGCCCGGGCAGCAUCUCGCCCUGGUCCAGCAAGGCCACCGAGAUCGCCAAGAUGUGCACGCUGCACGAGCACGUCUCGAGGAUCGAGCGGGGCGCCGCCUUCGUGCUCAGGUCGUCGUCGCCGCUGUCGCCGGCCGAGGUGCAGAGCAUCCAGGAUCUCUUCCACGACCGCAUGACGCAGUUCAUCUCGGCGGUGCCCCCCACCGGCGAGGCCCUCUUCCACAAGGCCAGCCCGGGCGAGCUCAAGCAGGUGGACCUGCUGGGACAGGACGGCACCUCGGACCGCCAGGUGGCCAAGCAGAGGCUGGUCGACGCCAACGACAAGCUCGGCCUGGCGCUGGCCAACGACGAGAUCGACUACCUCGUCGACGCCUUUGUCGCCGGCAAGGACCAGGGCGAGGGCGCGCUGCGUCGCAACCCGACCGACGUCGAGCUCUUCAUGUUCGCCCAGGUCAACUCGGAGCACUGCCGACACAAGAUCUUCAACGCCGACUGGACCAUUGACGGCAAGCCCAUGCCCAACACCCUCUUCGGCAUGAUCCGCAACACCCACAAGCUGCACCCGCAGCACACCAUCAGCGCCUAUUCCGACAAUGCCGCCGUCAUCGAGGGCUACGAGGCCACCCGCUUCGCUCCCAGCCCGCGCACCCUCGGACGAGGCGCCGGGCCCGGGGCCGGGUCCGACGGCAAGGCCGCCCUGCAGGUCUACGACGGCACGACGGAGCCCAUGCCCUUCCUGGCCAAGGUCGAAACCCACAACCACCCGACGGCCGUCUCGCCCUACCCGGGUGCUGCCACGGGAUCCGGCGGCGAGAUCCGCGACGAGGGCGCCGUCGGGCGGGGCUCGAAGCCCAAGGCGGGCCUGGUCGGCUUCAUGACGAGCAACCUGCUGCUCGAGGGCGAGGGCCGUCAGCCUUGGGAGGAGGACUACGGCAAGCCCUCGCACGUCUCGAGCGCGUUUGACAUCAUGACCGACGCGCCGCUCGGCAGCGCCGCCUUCAACAACGAGUUCGGGCGACCGGGCCUCGGCGGCUUCUGGAGGACGUGGUGCGAGCGGGUGCCCGUCGAGGGUGCCGAGGGCGCCAACGAGGUCCGCGGCUACCACAAGCCCAUCAUGCUCGCCGGCGGCCUGGGCAACGUCCGUCCCAAGAAUGCGCUCAAGUCGCGCAUCACGCCGGGCGCCGCCAUCAUCGUGCUCGGCGGCCCGGGCAUGCUCAUCGGCCUGGGUGGCGGCGCUGCGUCGUCGAUGGCGAGCGGCAGCUCCUCGCGCGCCGACCUCGACUUUGCCAGCGUGCAGCGCGAGAACCCCGAGAUGCAGCGGCGAUGCCAGCAGGUCAUCGACGCCUGCACCGCGCUCAACGACGCCGCCGAGUCGAUCGAGGGCGUCGUCGGCCAGGGCAACCCCAUCCAGAGCAUCCACGACGUCGGCGCCGGAGGCCUCAGCAACGCCCUGCCCGAGCUCGUCCACGACGCCGGCCUCGGCGCCCGCUUCGAGAUCCGCGACGUCCUCGUCGACGACCCCAGCAUGAGCCCGAUGGAGAUCUGGUGCAACGAGUCUCAGGAGCGCUACGUCCUGGCCGUCAGCGCCGAGGACCUGCCGCGCUUCGAGGCCAUCGCCAAGCGCGAGCGGUGCCCCUACUCGGUCGUCGGCCGCGCCACCGUCGAGGAGAAGCUGGUCGUCACCGACCGCUUGCUCGGCGGCAACCCGAUCGACCUGCCGAUGCCCAUCCUGUUUGGCAAGCCGCCCAAGAUCGCUCGGCAGGCCCAGUCCAAGCAGCCGCCGCGCAGGCCGUUUGACACCACCCUGGCCACGUACCUGCCCGAGAUCAAGGACGAGCCGCCGAAGCUGCUGGCCGAGGCCCUCAACCGCGUGCUCCACCUCCCCACCGUCGCCUCCAAGAGCUUCCUCAUCACCAUUGGCGACCGCAGCAUCACCGGCCUCGUAGUCCGUGACCAGAUGGUGGGCCCGUACCAGGUGCCCGUCGCCGACGUGGCCGUCACCCGGACCUCGUACGGCUUCGACGAGAGCCUGACGGGCGAGGCGAUGGCCUCGGGCGAGAGGACGCCGCUGGCCCUCAUCAGCGCCGCGGCGUCGGCGAGGAUGGCCGUGGCCGAGGCCCUCACCAACCUCGCUGCCGCCAGCGUCGAGAAGCUGGAGCGGAUCAAGCUCAGCGCCAACUGGAUGUGCGCCGCCAGCCACUCGGACGAGGGCGCCCGCCUGUACGAGGCGGUCCAGGCCGUCGGCCUCGACCUGUGCCCCAAGCUCGGGCUGGCGAUCCCCGUCGGAAAGGACUCGAUGUCGAUGAAGAUGGCGUGGGAGGGCGAGCGCGACGGCGACAAGCGCGAGGUGACGGCGCCCAUGAGCCUCACCGUGACCGCGUUCGCCCCGGUCGACGACAUCUCGCACACCUGGACGCCUCAGCUGCGCACCGAUGUCGGCGCCGAGACGGUGCUGCUCUUUGUCGACCUGGCCGGCGGCAAGCAGAGGAUGGGCGGCUCGGCCCUGGCCCAGGUCUUCCGCGAGCUGGGACACGAGGCGCCCGACGUCGAGGACGCUGCCGUGCUGCGCGCCUUUUUCGAGGCGUGCGCCACCCUCAAGCAGCUCCGCGUCCAGAAGCGCGACGAGGGCGGCCUGGUGCUCGCCUACCACGACCGCUCCGACGGCGGUCUCGUCACGACGGUGCUCGAGAUGUGCUUCGCCGGCCACGUUGGCGCCGAGAUCUUCCUCGACGCCAUCGACCCGGCCGUGCGCGAUCCCGUCGCGUCGCUCUUCAACGAGGAGCUCGGCGCCGUCUUCCAGGUCAAGGCGAGCGACGUCAAGGCGGUCUCGACCGUCUUCACCGCCGCCGGCGUCCCCUCGAGCGCGCUGCACGUUGUCGGACGCGUGACGCCCGGCUCGCAGACCAUCAGCGUCGUGUCGCGCUCGCAGCCGCUGCUGUCGGCCUCGCGGGCCGAGCUGCAGCGUGCGUGGGCCGAGACGUCGUUCCGGAUGCAGGCGCUGCGCGACAACCCGGAGCUGGCCAAGACCGAGUACAGCCUCAUCACCGACGAGCAAGAGGGCGCCGCCGCCCUGCGCUACGACCUGACCUACUCGCCCGCCGAAGACGUCCUGGGACCGCUCGCCACGGCGCCGCUCGAGGGCCGGCCCAAGGUGGCCAUCCUGCGCGAGCAGGGCGUCAACGGCCAGAUUGAGAUGGCGUGGGCCUUCACGCGCGCCGGCUUCUGCGCCGUCGACGUGCACAUGUCGGACCUCGUCUCGGGCCAGGUGUCGCUGUCGUCGUUUGUCGGCCUGGCCGCGUGCGGCGGCUUCUCGUUUGGCGACGUGCUCGGCGCCGCCAGCGGCUGGGCCAACUCGAUCCUGCUCAACCCGACGGUGCGCGGCGAGUUUGAGGCCUUUUUCCAGCGGGCCGACACGUUUGCGCUGGGCGUGUGCAACGGCUGCCAGCUGCUGAGCCAGCUGGCGCGCGCCGGCCUCAUCCCGGGCACCGAGAGCUGGCCGCUGUUCAAGACCAACGAGAGCGGGCGGUUCGAGGGCCGCCUGUCGACCGUCGAGAUCACGGCCGAGGCGAGCACCAACAUCUUUUUGCGCGACAUGGCGGGCAGCGUGCUGCCUGCGAUUAUCGCGCACGGCGAGGGACGGGCAUCGUUCCGCUCCGACUCGGACCUGGCCGCGUGCCGGCAGCAGGGUAUGGUGGCGAUGCGCUACGUCGACCAGCGCUACCCGCUCAACCCCAACGGCUCGCCGGACGGCGUCACGGCGCUCUCGGCCCUCGGCGGGCGCGUGCUCAGCCUCAUGCCGCACCCGGAACGCGGCGUGGCGCUGUCGUCGAUGAGCUGGGCCCCUCCCUCGUCCGGCACGUGGAAGGGCAAGGGCCCCUGGUUCAGGAUGUUUGAGAAUGCCCGCAGGUGGGUCGCGGCCAACCAGCAGACCACGGCUUCUUCUUCUUCGGCCUGA